GAGCGUCUUACGUCAGGCGACUCUGCCACUGGCUAGGAGCAUCGUCUAACAGUGGUGACCUCACUUCCGUUCUCCUCCGGACGGAAAAAUCUAAACUGGAAAGCAAGUAUGAAUUUCAGUUCCAAUUUCUCAGAGACUGUCCUUGAAAAGGAGAGACUGUGAUGUCUGUGGUGCAUCAGCUGUCAGUUGGGUGGCUACUGGAUCAUCUUUCCUUCAUCAACAAGGCCAGUUACCAGCUUUGCCCUUCCUGCCAGUGCCCUGCUCCCUCCGCUCCUCAUGUUGCUCCUGUUCCUUCCACCCCUUCUACAGAGGAUAUUGUUGCUCCUUCCACCGUUGAUACUACUUACUCUACUGGAGCUGCAGUAGAGAGAACAGGGGCAACACUAAAGAAAAAAUAUGUGUUUCGGGAAGAGUUCUUUCAUGUUUUUAAGCCCCAUAUAGUUUCAGCUCCCCAACAGAAGCCCCAGCAAGAAAGCUCUGAUGCUGGUCCAAGGGAGGGGAAGGACAGUGGCAAUGGAACAGAGCAGCACGAAGGAGCCAAGAACAGUGAUGGGGAUUCCCUUGCCAGUGCUAGGAAGAAACGUAAAAGAAAGUGUAGUGUGUUCAACCAAGGUGAACUGGAUGCUUUAGAAUACCAUACAAAGAUCAGGGGUCUGAUAUUGGAAGGCACCAGGUGUUUAAUCAAAGAAGGACUCAAAAGUGGUUUUCUUCACCCCAUUUCUGCAAAACAAAGUAGCGUCAAGAAUGUUAUUACAGGACAUGUUGGCUGUGGGAUGGCUGAAUUAUGUGAAAUGGCAAAACAUUUUCCUUCUGUGAAUGAAAAUGACCAUCGAUCUGCACAAAUUGUAGAUGAGGAAACAUCCAUUCCAGAGCAGGAUCUGCUUUCAUGCGUUACAGAGAACAAUACAGACUAUGCAAAGAUAAUACAUUUAAUGGGACAGAAGUACCUGGUGCCGCCAAAAAGCAGUUUCCUUUUAUCUGAUAUUUCCUGUAUGCAACCACUUCUGAAUUAUAAGAAUAAAUAUGAUGUAAUUGUGAUAGAUCCACCAUGGCAGAACAAGUCUGUUAAAAGAAGUAACCGAUACAGCCACUUGUCUUCAUGGCAAAUCAAGCAAAUUCCCAUACCAUCGCUAGCUGCUCCAAAUUGUCUUGUGGUCACAUGGGUGACCAAUAGACAGAAGCACCUACGUUUUGUUAAGGAUGAACUUUAUCCUUAUUGGUCUGUGAAGACUCUUGCUGAGUGGCACUGGGUGAAAAUUACCAGAUCUGGAGAAUUUGUAUUUCCAUUAGAUUCUUCCCACAAAAAACCCUAUGAAGUUCUUGUGUUGGGGAGAGUUCAAGGAAGUAUAAAUUUGCCAUUAAGGAAAUCAGAUGUGGAAGUACUUCCAAUUCCAGACCACAAAUUAAUUGUCAGCGUACCCUGCACUCUUCAUUCACACAAACCUCCUCUUACUGAGAUUCUGACAAAAUAUAUCAAACCUGAUGCAGAAUGUUUGGAGUUGUUUGCUCGCUGCCUGCAACCUGGUUGGACCAGUUGGGGAAAUGAGGUUCUUAAAUUCCAACACAUUGAUUAUUUCAUUGCUCUGUACAACGAAAAUGAAGUAGGAUCUUUUAGCUUAAUUUGAAAACUUCCCCACUCCCCAUAGUUCUAGAACACUCAAAAGGCAAUGUAAAUGAAACAGACACUUAAAUUGAAAUCCUUGUAGUGAUUAGCCUUCUGAUUAGAUUAUGGUGGUGUCUUCAGUUUCACAAGGUGUUCCUGUAUUUUGAUUCCCCUUGAGAAGUAGGGCAGAUCACUUGAAGUACAUGCUUCUGAAUCGGAUUGAUUUUUCUGAAAGAAAAUACUACUUUGGGUUGGUGACCAAUCAGAAAACAAGGGAAA